UGACUGGACGGUUUCACGGGGAGCUGUGGCAUUUGAGUCCAGGCGUGCAGUCUAUUGCUGUCAGAGGUGUCCACUCCUGUCCGCUGGCCAGCUACCCAGGGCUGAAGAAGAAAGAGAAGGAGAGUGCAAGAGAAGGAGAGAAAGAAGAGGGGAGAAAAAUAAAGAAGGCUCGAAGGGAGAAAAGAGAGGGAAUUGGGUGAGAAGGCAGAGAAAAAGUUCUUUGAGGGAAAAAACAGAAGUUGGAUUUGGACCUCGUGUGCCCUUAAGUGCUGUCUUGUGUGAUUAUUAUUUCCCAAUUUUCAACAAGCCAUUGACAGCCAUGGAAGAUUCAAGCUUGCAGAUGGAGCCGGUGGCCUUGGCCGAGGUGUCAGACAACGAGGAGGUGGCGCUAGCACCGUCGGACGAUGAAGACGAGGCGACAGGGGCGGGAGAGGAGAAGGAGGAGAAGAGCGACGGGCAGGUGAACGGGGUGAUGGUGCUGGCCCUGCUGGACAAGAUCAUCGGCGCCGUGGACCAAAUCCGGCAGACCCAGACCGGGUUGGAGACGAGGCAGCAGGACAUGGAGCGCUCGGUGACGGGCAUCCAGAGCGAGCUGACCAAGCUCUCCAAGAGCCACACCACCACCUCCAACUCCGUCAACAAGAUGCUGGAGAAGGUGCGCAAGGUCAGCGUCAACGUCAAGACGGUCCGCACCAACUUGGAGAAGCAGGCUGGCCAGAUCAAGAAGCUGGAGAGCAACGAGAACGAGCUUCUCAAGAGGCGUAACUUCAAAGUCAUGAUAUACCAGGACGAAGUGAAGCUUCCCUCAAAGGUGUCUGUGUCCAAGUCCAUGAAGGUCUCAGAGGCUGUGGAGGGUGAGGGGGAACCGGAGCUGAAGGAGGAGGAUGAGGAGGAUACAGAGAAGGCCAACAUUAACCUCUCCUCUGAUGAGGAGGUGGACAUCGAGGAGACCAUCGAGCCAUCGAGGGCCGAGCGCAUUGAACACUUCAAACGCAGCAGCAUGCAGCGAGUGGACAACAUCAAGAAGGCCUUUUCCAAGGAGAAGAUGGAAAAGACCAAACAGAAGACCAAAGAGAACCUGGAAAAGACCCGACAAAAGACCAAGGAGAACCUAGAGAAGACGCGGCAGAAGACCAAGGAGAAUCUGGAGAAGACCAAGCUGAAGACUAAAGAGAACCUGGAGAAGACCCGGCUAAACAUUGAGAAGAAAAUGGGCAAGCUGGGCACCCGCAUGUCUGUCAACCCAGAACGCAGAGAAAAGCUCAAGUCCUCCAGGGACAAGGUGAAAAAGUCCUUCACCCCUGACCACACCGUCUACGCCCGCUCCAAGACAGCCGUCUACAAAGUGCCACCCUUCACCUUCCACGUGAAGAAGAUCCGGGAUGGGGAGGUGGAGGUGCAGGGCACAGAAAUGGUGGAGGUGGCUGGGGAGGAGGAGGUAGAGGAGGCCGGGGAGUCAGCAGAGAUGCUGACGGAGGACAGCCCAGAGAUGCAGGCCUUGCUGGAGAUGGCCGAGGACUCUGAGCUGGUGCUGGUCGAGCAGGACCACGACAGAGACAGCGACUAGUGCAGCCCGGGAGGGGUUAGAGGUGCGGGGGAGGGGGCAUGUGCAUGGGUAAGAUAGGAGGGAUGUCACGCAACAUCAUAAAUACGAACAAAGGACAGAUUCAGGUUGGGGCGAGGCUUCUUUUCACAGUCAGUAGAGUGAAAACUCUUUUUCUCCAUUUAUGUUGUAACAGUCUAUGAAUAUGAAUCCUAAGUUCAGUUCAAACUGAGUCCCACAGAGGAUCAAAGAAAAAUACACUCCCAAAUUAUUAUUCUCUCUGUUGAUUUUAUCUCUUCUUUUAAGCUUCUUUUUUCAAAGACAUUAAACACUCUUAUGGUUUAUUGCAGGGAUACUCAAAUCUGGCCCUUGAGGCCAGUAGUACCGCUCGUUUUCUUUUCUACCCAAUAGUUAAUUGAUGGCAAGAGAUUUAACUCACCUGGUGUCCCAGUUUUAGAGGGGAAGAAUGAAAACCAGCAGUACAAAUGGCCUCAAGGGCCAGAUUUGAGUAUCCCUGGUUAAUUGUUUUUAUACAUCAGUCUUUCUUUUUCCUUUUUGGGAUCAGAUUACCCCGGUUGUGAAGGUAUCAUAUUUUUUUUUUUUUUUUUUUGGCAAUUACAUAAUUAUGUGAGGGCUAUAUCUCUAAGCAUGACAUAACUUCAAAAUGCUUGAAGUAAACCUCUGACUGGGAGUCUUAAUUGCAUAUAGAAUCCCAGCCAGCUAAAUGAAAAUGAAUAAAUACGAGCAGAGAAUUUGGAACAUAUGCAGUUGGAAACAUAAAGACACAAUGGAUGAUAUAGAUGACAGAUAUAUUUUCUCUUCAUAAAAAACAAAAAGAUCCAGCAUAACUACAAAUUGAAUUUUUAAGCCAGAAUCCAAUGUGAUCCAACCUUGGUGCCACUCUGUACACACAAAAAAGCAAUUUGUGCUGGUUUUGGUUUUGUUCAGUUUCAGAGAAACUGAUUUAUAAGGGAUCACAAGAAUGACUUCACAAUCUUCGAGAUUUCAAAAGUUCAAAUGUACAUUACAUACAUAUAAGCUUCCAGAAAGAUAAUCAAUGGUCAUAUGUAUGUCUAUGCAGUGUUUCUCACUAAAAAAAUAACAACUAAACAAAUGAAUGUACACUUUUAAAAAAUGAAGGAUCAAUGACAAAGCUAAUGAACCAAUCACAGCGAUGCAUUCCCAAUGGUGUGCAUUAACUGAAUGCUGGACAUGCUAUAAAGUGUAAUCAGACUGAUACCACAACUGUUUAGAAUAAUAACCAUGAGACAUUUUGGGAAUUGAAAUCUCCUGGAAAGAUUCUUUCUUUAAUGUUAAAACAUUUGUGAGUCAUAAAUGGCAGUUUGAGAAAGAAUAUCAGUCUGAAUUUACGAAAAACACAAAGUUAUUGAGGCUGUUGUCAGUUAAUAUCUUUUUUCUUAAGACAUUGCUAAGAUUUAUUGAAAAAGACAGAAAUUAGAUUUGUGAUUUCUCACUUGUUUUGUUGUAAAUAUAUGCAUGCGUCUGCACAGUUUCAAAGCCUCAUCUGUUUCACAGUUUAGAAGAUCUGAACGUACACACACACGCUUAUACGUGCACACGCACGCAAUCCCAAACACACACACAUGCGCACACACACACAGACACACACAGUUCACAUUAUAUAUAAUGUUUCCACUUUUCUACUGCCAGAAGUGAAUUCUUCCAGAUCAGUUGGUUACUGUGUACUUUUGAUAUCUUAAGGGCAUGACAAUAGAAGGUCUCACGAAUGGUCAUCUUUAUAAAAACAGCAUGAUGGUUAUGACUCAAUACCUCUGCUUUCAGCCUUGGCUUUUCUGGUGUAAUUGCAUAUUGGAAAGACGUUUAUAAUACCGUAUGUAUAGGGCGACCGUUAAACACAUUAUUUGAUGUUCAACACACAAUGCCACAGAGAAGAAUAUAAUGAUUGUGCAGUCUAAUAUUGUGCGUUUGAGUUGCGGGAAACUGCCAAAGAUUACGUCAUGGCAUCACUCGAUAUGAAAAAGGUGUUUCUUGGCCUGUCAAACAAGGUGUGUUGGUUCGUUGAAGCAGGUUUGGGCUGUGCAGAGCAGCUCCAUUUACAUCACACAGGAGGCACGUUGGAGCUGUAUAGAAUGAAUCAUUGCAUUUAUAUAGCACUUUUCUGAACGCUCAAAGUGCUUUACAGUAAUGAGUGGGAACUCACCUCAGCCACAACCAAUGUGUAGCUCCCACCUGGGUGAUGCACAGCAGCCAUUUUGCGCCAGAACACUCACCACACAUUAGUUAAUGUGGAGAGGGAGAGAACAUUUUUGGCCAAUUAAAUCAGGGGAUGAUUAGGUGGCAAGUUUGAGAGUACCAGGUUGGGAAUUUAGCCAGGACACUGGGGAAACCCCCUACUUUUUGCGAAAAGACUCAUGGGGUCUUUAAUGACCGCAGUGCGUCAGGACCUUGGUUUAAUGUCUGAUUGGAAAGAAGGCAUCUCCAACAGCACAGUGUCCCCCAAACAAGGGCUUCCAGAAGAAGGACAGUCACAAACAAAUAGUGUGAAGCUUAUAUACAGCAUGAGGACCAUUUCACUCAGCUCACAUUUUACAGAGAGAAAGAGUGGACGAUCCAGCUCCCCUCCCAAGCUGUGGUCAGUGCCAAAGAGGAAGUUGGUCAUGCAAGUUUCACACCUUGUGGGAAAAACAACAAAUACAUGGUGAGAGGAAUGAGGGUUAUCUAAGUUUCUCCCUAACUCCCAUGUUAGCCCUAGAUAAGUUGUUGGGUAGAAAGAUACGUUUAUGGGGUGUGAUCCAGUUAAAGUGAUGUAAUAUUGUCAGCAAGGCAGAGAGACUGAAGAUCUAAAGGGAUUGCUGCAGAUUCUGGAGGAAGCAGAGAGGGCUUGUGAGGGCAGAAGUAUAUCGAUGCCUCCAAAAAGCAAAGAGGCAAAGGCUUUGCGUAUUACUGAAGUUACCGCAAAUAAAAUGCUAUCACAAUAGAACGGCAAAUCACUUUGUUGCAUUUUUUUAUCGUUUAAAUUUUUAGGCAUACACUUGUAUGUGUACUUGUGAAUCACUGCUAUAUAUAGCAAUGCAGCAUCAAUUCACUUUAAUAACAGCAAAAGCUUUUUUCACUGCUUUUACAGUAGAACAAUAGUAGCAACGUAGAGUUUUACAGUACACAAUCUGCUCAAGAUUGAUGUAAAUAUGUAAAGAUUAAUAUGUUCCUUGUCUAUCCACCAUUCAUGGAAGACCUGGCAACAUGAAACCAUAAUAUGUGACUGAAUCUUCAACCUGAAUAAACCUCCAUAUUUACAGACACAUAGAGAACACUCCAGGUAAGUGGAAAUGUAAGCUUUAUUUUAUUUUUUAGUGAACUUCCCCUUUAAAGCUUGACCAAUCCAACAAAUAUAGGGGUGCAUCUCUGAGGAUGAAAACUUUAUUGACUUUUUUUUUGAGCCUGGUUGUAUUAUCUCAAAAAACAACCAUCUUUGUUAUAAUAGCCUUAUUUGAGUUAAUAUUGACAUAGUAACUGCACAUAAUCUGGUUUAUGAUGCCUCCCUUCAGCUGUACAUGGUAAGAGAAGGGUUCUUGCUGUGAUUGGGACAUAGCUCAUUCCCUUUGUCCUGUCUGUUCAAUGCUGUUGAUUUCACAACAGUGGGCUAUUCCAUUUUUGUUUGUGCACAUUUCUUUAUAUAAACUAUCUGCAGCCACAACAAACAAAAAGGAAAUGUCAUAUAUUUGUGAUUCAUAGAGCCCUUUGGGGAAAUACAGAGGGUGUACAAAAUCCAUCCACACUGACCACAUAUUUUAAGUGUUAUGUGCUUAUACUGUAUGUAAUGUAGCCCAAACAAUGCCAUUUGCUUUCUGUAUCAUAUAAUGCCACAUUGCCUAACCACUAAUAUCUCAAUAAAAGCAACCUGAUUCACA